UAUAGAAAAAUGGAUGGAAAAUUAAAUUAAAUAAUUUAAUUAAAUUAAAGAAAAUUAAUAAGAAAAUGAAACUGUAUGAAAAAUUUAAUUUAAUAAAAAAUCUAAAUUAAAGUGAUGUAGGUAGUUCAGUGCAGAACCAUUUUAUAAAGGUCUUUUUUUAAUUCAUUUUUUUAUAUAGUGAAUAUGAUAUAAAAUAGACAAGAUGUUUCAGCAAUAACACAUGCAAAACAAAGAGUAGUUUGUUAGAAAAGCCUUUAUUUAGUUUGUGUAAAAAUGUAUUUUCUUUUUUCUUUAAAUUCUAAAUGUACUAUGUCUGAGAGAAAAGCUCUUUUUGCUUGAACAGUUGAUGUUUUUCAAAUAAUUUUCAAAUAUGAUCAAAUACCUCUUGUGAUAAUGUACCUCAUGAAUAAAAAACAAUAAAAGGCUAAUAUAUAAGUUUUAUUAACAAUAAUAUAUUAUUGUUAUUAAUGUUGUUCUAAUAAUAUAUUAAUAUGAUGAAUGUAUUUAUUAAUAAUAUAUAAAAUAAUAACAUAUUUUUAAUAACAAAAAUAACACUAUUAUAUUGUUAUUAUUAAUAUUAAUAUUAUUAUCUUUAAAAGAAAAUAGCUUUUAUUAUGCAUGGUACUACCUGGCAUUAAAUGUAGCUGCAAAUGGUCUUCUGCAUGGAUUCUGCACAGAUGUGACAUCAUCUUCAUUUUUAUGAACCAUAAAGAGGUUGUUUUUAUCAUCAUACCUCUUCAUCUCUCAUCCUUUUGCGCCAGCUGGAGGUGGUUUGGAGUGUCCCAGAUCCUGCUGAGCUGUUAUUUUAUCUGCAGCUAUCUCUUUAAGUGUUCUGUAACAUGACUCCAGUCUUUUCUCCUCCUCACUGAAGCAGCUCAGCUCGCCCCUCAGGACUGCUGACGUGUCGGCUGCACGCUCUACAAUCAAACGCUGCCAGCAUGGCUACACUAAAUCCAUAUUUUUAUGUUUUUACUCUGUUUCUUCAUGCGUGUGUUUGUAAAUCCAGCACGGAGCGGCGCUUCUCCGACUUCAAACGCUGCGCCGAUGAUGAAUGUAGCAUGCUGCUCGGCAGAGGGAAAGCCGUGAGGGAUUUCACAGGGCCGGACUGUCGGUUUCUCUCUUUCAAGAAAGGAGAGACGAUUUAUGUAUAUUAUAAACUCUCAGGACAGAGGUCGGAUGUGUGGGCUGGAAGUGUUGGAAACCACUUUGGUUAUUUCCCAAAAGACUAUCUUAAUGUAAAUCAUAUAUAUACUGAACAUGAAUUUGAGGUGCCUGCAGAGGAAACAGAUUUUGUUUGUUUUGAUACGGGACUUGAUAAAUUUAAGAGCUAUGAUAUUGAUUUGCUUUUAGGCAAAUCGUUGUUAAUAGAACAUGAGAAUUUAACAGAGGAAUCGAAAGAACCAGCACAGAAUGAUGCUGUUGUCUCCCAGCUGCCCUUUGAAACAGAAACGGCAAGUUCAGAAUCUGCAAUACAUCAGGAAACAGAUUCAGUCGAAUCAGAAUCAUCUUUGCCUCUUGAAAUGGAUUCAAUAGAUUCAGAAUCAACAACAUUUUUUGAAUCAGAUUCAGAAUCAGUAUCGCUGCCUUCUGAAACAGAAACAACACGUUCAAAAUCUACAACACUUCUUGAAACAGAUUCAGAAGAUUCAGAAUCAACAACAAAACUUGAAACAGAUUCACUAGAUUCAGAAUCGAAAAUGAUUCUAGAAGCAGAUUCAGAAGAUUCAGAAUCAACAACAAAACUUGAAACAGAUUCACUAGAUUCAGAAUCAAAAACGCUUCUUGAAGCAGAUUCAGUAGAUUCAGAAUCAACAACAAAUCUUGAAUCAGAUUCAGAAGAUUCAGAAUCAGAAACGCUUCUUGAAGCAGAUUCAGUAGAUUCAGAAUCAAAAACACUUCUUGAAACAGAUUCAGUAGAUUCAGAAUCAAAAACGCAUCUUGAAGCAGAUUCAGAAUCAAAACUAAAUCUUGAAAAUGAUUCAGUAGAUUCAGAAUCAACAACAAAUCUUGAAACAGAUUCAGUAGAUUCAGAAUCAACAACAAAUCUUGAAACAGAUUCAGUAGAUUCAGAAUCAACAACAGAUCUUGAAACAGAUACAGUAGAUUUAGAAUCAAAAACACUUCUUGAAACUGAUUCAGUAGAUUCAGAAUCAACAACAAAUCUUGAAACAGAUUCACUAGAUUCAGAAUCAACAACACUUCUUGAAACUGAUUCAGUAGAUUCAGAAUCAACAACAAAUCUUGAAACAGAUUCACUAGAUUCAGAAUCAAAACUAAAUCUUGAAACAGAUUCACUAGAUUCAGAAUCAAAACUAAAUCUUGAAACAGAUUCACUAGAUUCAGAAUCAAAAACACUUCUUGAAACAGAUUCACUAGAUUCAGAAUCAAAAACACUUCUUGAAACAGAUUCACUAGAUUCAGAAUCAAAAACACUUCUUGAAACAGAUUCAGUAGAUUCAGAAUCAAAAAUAAAUCUUGAAACAGAUUCAGUAGAUUCAGAAUCAACAACACUUCUUGAAUCAGAUUCAGAAGAUUCAGAAUCAACAACAGAUCUUGAAUCAGAUUCAGAAGAUUCAGAAUCAACAACCCUUCUUGAAACUGAUUCACUAGGUUCAGAAUCUGUAGAAUCUCCAGAAACUGAGACAUUACUUUCACAAUCUAUGGAUGAGAAAUCGAAUAGCCUUCAACCAAAGAUAAAAGAUGUCUCACCAGAAACAACAUUGGAAUCUACAGAUGCAUUACAGAAAGAUCCAGAACCGAAAGCUGUUCAGCCUGUAGAGGUCACGGAAGAGCAGACUGAAAAUUCACUACACCAGGAGUCAGAGGUCACCUUAGAAGAUGUAGAAACAGAACCAUCUGAUUCUGAUGUACAAGAUAUUGAUUACUCUGAGCUUUUGCACAAGCGGAGUCACUCUCAGGGACAGUUUGGUACAGAGGAAGUCACACAUUUUGAGCCUCAGGAACCCAUGAAACUUCCAAUUGAAGCCCAAACUGCUGGUUCAGAGAUAGUCAGUGAAGAACCUGCCAAAACCGAGCAAAAUUAUAAGGGUAUACCACUACAACCACCAGAUAAAACACUGAAAAAAGUUGAGGAGGACACUAAGAAUAAGAACAUGUGGUCAACCGUUAAGGAUAUUUUUAAAACGGUGCAUGAAGGUGAAAUUCAAAGGACUGGAUCUCUUGAAGGAGUCGCCAAAGAGGACAUGGAGGCUUUACUUGGGGAAUCAAAUUUAGAUACGGAUGUCAAAGACUUCACUAGUCCCAAAGUCUUGAAUGAAGAAAUUGACUCUGAAGAACUGGCAGUUGCAGAAGAAAUCCUAGAUCCUUCUCAGCUGCCACUAGACACUAAAACAGCUUCAGAAGAUACUCAAGACUCCAUAAGUGCUCAGCCAAAGAGUCAAGACAUCUCAUCUGAGCCAGCUGUGGAAAAACACACUGUAGGAACAAUCUCAUCAGUAAAUGUGGACAGGAUGCUUGCAGAUGAAGCCACUGAAGAAGAUGAUCUUCAGAAGUUAGACACAGACAAGAAAGAGAAAGCAAAUGAAUACAUUGAAGACGAUCUUCAGAAGGCCAUCAUGAACAAGAAUGGAAAUGCAAACAAAAACAAUGAAGACAAUGAUCCUCAGAAGGUCAUUUCAAUCAAGAGUGAAGAAUUGCAUGAAAGUCCACAGACUGCAUCACUCCUUGACAAAACCGACGAUCAGAUUGAUAAUGUGAGGAACGACCUUUUGAAUCUUUUAAAAAACACCUUGCAAUCAGAGAAACAAAGUCACAGAGAAGAGGAACCUCAAGAUCAAGACGAGAUGGAAGAUGAUGAAGAGCUUUUGGAGGAUGAGAAUGCUCUUUUAUCUUUUUCCAAACCCCAACUUACAGAUGUCGUACAUGAAUCCAAGGAGAACGAACAACCUGAAAUUCACGUCGAAGCCGAUAUAUCGGAAGUAUCUGAACAAAACGACAGAGUCACGGAACCAAGUGAGGUACCAUCUUCUCUAACAAGCGUGACUCGAGAAGAAGACCAUGAAUCCCUGGAAGAAGAUGGACCCGAUCACAAACUUGAGGUACCUUUUCCUCAUGAGGAGCCUGUGUACAGUGAUAGCAUUCUUAGACUCACAAUUUUACGAGAUCACUUGAGGGACGAUGAUAUGGAGCGUAUACAGAAGUAUCUCGGGCUGAAAAAUCUGUUCAGAAUUGAAGCCAUGUUUUCUGACCUGGAUCAAGAGAUGAAGUCCGCCAGGCAGUUGCAGACAGACAUGGAGAACAUCGAGAACACGCUUGAUCAGAUCAUGGAGGCCUCAGAGAACUCGAUUCUAGACGAGACUGAAGAAAUGCUUAAUGAAAGAGACCGGAAAGCUCAGGGACUUGGGCAGCUGAAGGAACCAGGAAUGUAUGAUGUAGAGGCUGCCAUCUUGGAUGGUUUUCAGGAGAUUGUGUUCUCUUUACGACAGAAAUAUUCUGCUGCCAGUGACAGUGUCCCAUUGGUUGAAGAUGGACAACCUACGUCUGAAAUAGAUGAACAAAAUGACUCUGAAGAGGUGAAGGACUUGGUUGGUGACGUCGAAAAGAUUGAAUCACCUGAAAGUCCGGAGAUCCACGAGGAGCAGAAUGAAUCUGAAUUGAUUCUGAAUACUGAAUUAAAUAUGAACGCUGAAGAUUUGUCUCACAGUAAAGAAAUGGGACUCGAGGAGGAUGGCGGUCAUUUUAAUAGAAAUAAAGAUGCCCAAAAUGGUUUCAAAGAUGCUGAGGAGAUUCAAAAGGGGCCUCAUGCAAUUUUGGAGAAUCAAGUGGACAUUGGAUUUCACUUUGAAAUGGACCAAUCUUCAGGUUCACUGGAGACCCCAAGUGUCUCUGACUUCCAUGACACUGAAGCGAACAAUGACGUCAUCAGCACAUCGACUUCAGAUGAACUUUGGGGCUUGAUGCUUCUUGUCAAAGAGUAUCUUGGAGUGUAUGCAGAAGUUGUCAUCACUGCUCUUCCAGAGGAAUGGCGGCCGGGUCCCACUUUCCACGGACUUCCCUGGGAACCCGUGCUCGUGACAGCAGCUGUCGGGUUCCUCACAGUACUGAUGUUCUUCUGGAGAACUCUGCUUGCUAUCAAAGGCAGAAACUAUCAGUUAACGGAGAAGCAGCUGACAGACAAGAUCCAGCGACUGCUCCGCGAGCAAUCUGAUGCUGUUAACAAGAUCACAGAACUGAAUGACAUGAUCAAAGAACGCGAAGAACAGUUAAAGAGCUCUGAGAAAUCAGUGAGUUCAACACAGAAAGAAAUGAAACAGCUGAAGACGCAUCACCAGAAACUCCAAAGCCAGUGGGAGGAGAUGUCUGGAAGUAUUUCUCAACUUAACCAGAAAAUUGUUGACACACAUGAAGAGAAUUCAAAUCUGAAUGAGAAGAUGAUCAAAAUGCACCAGAGAAUCGAGAAAUAUCAGAAGACUUUGAAGAACUACGAUGAGGAACGUGCAAAGGUUCAUGUCCUCAUGGAUGAAGCUAAACUCAGAGAAGAUGCUCUGAAGGCUCAGGUGCUCUCAUUUGAGAAGGAAAACAGCGCUUUAAAAGAGCAGAAGAAAUCUUUGCUUCGGGAUGCUACAGAUUGGCAGGAGAAGCAUGAGAAUCUGCGUGAGGAGAUCCGAGUUUAUCAUCAAUCACAGAAAGAGUUGCAAGAUUCACUGGUGCACAAAGAAAAUGAGAUUGAUGUUUUGUCCAGCUGUAUUGCAGAGCUCAACCGAUUGGGAGCUUGUGAUGCUGAAGAACUACAGAAUGAUGAUGCUAAAAUGGCUAAUGGGGAAGAUGCUGACAAGAAGAUUGACACCAUGAGACUGAGAAUCAAACAGAUGAUGGACGUCUCAAGGAUAAAAGCGACUCUCAGUAUUGUUGAAGAGGAGAGAAAUCGCUAUGUGGAGAGUCUCCUCACCGAACAGAAAAGCAGACAAGAGCUGGAGGAGCAAUAUCAUAAGGUCAUGCAUGAUCAGAUGAAUCUGAAGAAUGAGAAGACUCACCUGGAAAACCAGUUCAAGAACCUUCAGCAGAGACUGGAGAUCACCACUGAACUCUACCAGCAGAAAGAGAGCGCCCUUCAACAGAAGUUGACGCAGGAGGAGAUGGAGAGACGUGAGAAGGAGACGAAGCUGUGUGAGGUGGACAAUAAAGCUGUGAGGUCAGAGGAGGAGGUGAGCGCUCUCAAACAGAAGAUCAAAGACAUUGAAGAGGAGAUGCAACAGAACGAGCGAUCUCUCAAAACCGAGGUGGCAACCCAGGAAAAGAAAGCUCAUGAGAACUGGUUGAAAGCCCGUGCCUCAGAACGAGCUCUGGUGGAGGAAAGAAGAGAAUCGGCCAACCUUCGUCAAAAGCUUGUUGGGCUCAGAGAUAAAAUCGCAGACAUGGAGCAAACGAGCCUGUUCAAACUGAACUCUGGACCUCCCGAACGACACAUGCCACCUAUGAGGAGAGGUGACUCGUACGGGCCGUCUCCUGUGAGUGGGGGGGCUCCUUCUCCUCCUCUAAUGAUAGAGGGUCCAGGACGCCCCCCCUCUGCACCUGUAGGGCGACGGAACGAAUCGUUUGGUUCACGACCCCCCUCUGACCCCCACGGACGUUUCUCAGAGCUUGGACAUCCGCUGCCCUCGCGACCAGAAAUGUUCCCUCCCAUGACAUCAUCUCCAUGUGCACAUGAUGGACCCAUGCAGACCGCACCCGUCAUAGAGAAGGCUGAGGCCUCAGAGCAGGUCUCGUCUGACCCUGUAGAACCUCUGUCUAAAUCUCAGAGUCAAGGCUCCUUCCUGCCGUCUCCCAUCCGGGACUCUCCUGUCCCGCCACCGAGUGCACCAAUAAAGACGUAUGGACCCCCAGUCAUGGGUGGGCCGGUUCCGCCCAACGGCCUGCCUCCUUUGAUGAUCAGACCGCCCAAUGGCCAUCCUCCCAUGAUGCCACCCGGCCAUCCCCUCGGCCCUGAUCCGCGCUUCAGACCGCCGCCCAUGGAUUCUUAUGGCCCGCCUCCGAUUGGCCCAUAUGGACCUGUUCCGCCACCUUUUGGUCGAGGCCCACCAAUGCGAGACAUGGGCCCGCUCCCCCCACCACCUGAAUUUUACGGACCUCGCGGGCUUCCUCCUCGGCCUUUCCUUCCCGGACCUCUACCGCCCCCUGGAGCGAUGGUUCCACCACUAUAUGGGGGCCGAGGCUUCCCUGGACCCCCUCCACUAACAGCUCAGACCUCCAGGGAUGGUGAGGAGAAUGCCACAUUAGCCAACAACCCCCCCACCGAUCACUUCCAUCAGCAGGGGGCACCGCAGGAUUCGGAAAACUCCGCAAUGGCGGAACCUUGAACCAACUUUUACCAGAACAGUUUUACCAGGCUUGACUUAAUGAAUUUCUUUGUUUGGCCCCGAUUCCUUUCGAUAUUUAAACAUCAGAAUGCCACAUUUGUUUAAGCUUAUUUCAAAAACACAUUUGUGACAAAUUGAGGGUUUUGAUUUUAUACGUUUGCAAACAUUUCCUAUGGAAAAAGUUUGAUUUAGUAUACAUUUAAUUGUCUUAUUUUCCACAACAGAAAGCAAUGAAACUUGUGUAUGGUUGUCAUGUGGGAUAUAAUUUAAACCAACCUGACGUAAAUAUAUACGCACGCAAGACAAGCUAUUCAUGAAGCCAUAUACUCACGCCUUUUGUAUGCCUUUUUCACCAAUUUUUAACAAAUAUUUCCCAUAUUUCUGUUCAGUUGCUUUUAGUUCGAUGAUUUGCCAGCUCACCUGUGUGUUGUUUCUGUUAAUGUUUGUUGUACAUCUGUUCUUAUGAUUUCUUUUCCAAGAGGAAAGGCACAUAUGAUGUCAUAUUGACAAAGUGUUUGUACAUUUAUUUCAGCUGCAUAUACAAUAAAAAUAUUCUCCGAAAUCAAACAUUGCUAACAUAACAAAAACCAAAAUUUUGCUCGGACCUUAGUUUUGUGCACUUUCGUGUUACCGCAAUAGUCGACAUGUGACAUACAGUACGUAAAUCAUCUGUAUACCAUGUAAUUGUAUUAAUUGAUGUUGGACGAUGACGUUUUUGCAGAGCUGUGAUUGUACGAAAAUCACAGGAAUUUUACAGGCAAUGGAACUCGUUCAUUAAAACAUAAGCAGAAUGAAUUGCUCUGUAAAUUGUUUGGUAAACCAUUCUUGUUUAAAUUGCUCCAUUGGUUUUUAAUGACAAUUUACGCAAUUAUUAUUAUUUUUUUAUGAACAAUCACAUUUAAUGCAACAGAUUUCCAUGGAAAUUGCAUUCGGUUCAAUGCAACUACUAUUUAUCACAGUCAGUUCACAGAAGUGAUUUGUAUAUGACAAUUAACGUAAGACUGGUUUUACGAACAAGUUACGCAUUCGUGACAUUCAGUUCGCAGAAUUUACGCGAGAAUUGUUUUACAAAAAUGCAACAAACAUCAGUAUAUUAUUCGCUUUACAAUUCACAGAAUUUACGUAAGAAUGUUUUAUGAACGAUUUAAAAAAAUGUUUUCACGUUUCACAAAUGAUGCCUAAUGAACGAUGCUUUCUGGUGUUUUGAUUCAAGUCUUUAUCAUUUUAGUGUUUCCUUUGACAUUAGAGUAAGUUAUUUCAGGAAGUGUGUUGAAAGGAUGUAUUUUGUGUGUAGUAAGAGUGUCUUUAUCAUGUGUGAAAAUCUUAGGGAAGAAAUUGUAAAAAAAGGAAAUGUGGCAUUAAGUUCAUGGGAAUGAAUGAGUUAAAUAAAGCAGCUUUUCCUUCUA